AUGGCUCUAACCUGCGACUGCCCGAUGUCGCAGCCGGGGCCGACGCUCGCGGCAACCUGCGGCGGCGGCGCCUUCAUGCUGUUCAUGGGCCUGCUGGAAGUAUUCUUGCGGAGCCAGUGUGAUCUGGAGGACCCUUGUGGACGUGCACAGUACCGUCGGCACAUGGACUCGGUAUACGACUUCAUCGUAGUCGGCGGAGGGUCAGCAGGAUCAGUGGUGGCUGCGCGGCUAUCGGAGGUUCCCGAGUGGAGGGUGCUCCUACUAGAAGCUGGGUUUGACGAGCCGACAGGAACGCAGGUUCCAUCCAUGUUCCUAAACUUCAUCGGAUCCAGCAUUGACUGGGGGUACCAGACGGAGCCAGAACCCGCAGCAUGUCUGGGAGAAACUGAUCGGAAGUGCUACUGGCCGAGAGGAAAGGUUCUCGGCGGCACGUCAGUGAUGAACGGGAUGAUGUACAUGCGUGGUUCCCGAGCCGACUACGAUAGCUGGGCGGCCGCUGGCAACGAGGGUUGGGGCUACGAGGACGUUCUACCGUUCUUCCUCAAGUCCGAGGAUAACAAGCAGUUGAAGGAAAUGGACGCAGGCUACCACGGCACUGGCGGGCCGCUCACAGUGUCUCAGUUCCCUUACCAUCCACCGCUGAGCUACAGCAUCGUUAAAGCCGGAGAGGAGUUAGGCUACCAAGCCCGCGACCUGAACGGCGCACAGCACACCGGGUUCUCCAUCGCCCAGACCACGAACCGCAACGGCUCGCGGCUGUCGGUCGCCCGCGCCUUCCUGCGGCCCGCCAAGCACCGGCCCAACCUGCACGUGAUGCUGAACGCCACUGUGGCCAGGGUGCUGAUCAACCAGACCACCAGGCAGGCGUAUGCUGUGGAGGUGAAGAACAGCCAUGGCGGAACUGAGGUCAUCUUCGCUAACAACGAAAUUAUAUUAAGUUCGGGUGCAGUUGGCUCUCCCCAAAUCCUGCAACUGAGCGGCGUCGGCGACCCGGCGGUCCUGCGGCGCGCCGGCGUCAAGCCCGUCCACAACCUGCCCACUGUUGGGAAGAACUUACACAACCAUGUGGCCCACUUCUUGAACUUCUUUGUCAAUGAUAAUAACACGGCACCUCUAAACUGGGCAACAGCCAUGGAGUAUUUGCUGUUUAGAGAUGGACUCAUGUCUGGAACUGGUAUAUCCGAGGUGACAGCAUACAUCAACAGCAAAUACGCGAACCCGGCGGACGACAACCCCGACAUCCAGCUGUUCUUCGGCGGGUUCCUGGCCGACUGCGCCAAGACCGGCAUGGUGGGAGAGAAACUGGACAACGGCUCCAGGACCAUCCAGAUUAUACCCACCGUGCUUCAUCCGAAGAGCAGAGGCCGGCUGGAGAUUAGGAGUGCUGAUCCAUUCGAGCAUCCCAAAAUCUUUGCAAACUACUUAACCCACCCAGACGACGUGAAGACCCUCAUCGAAGGCAUCAAGUUCGCCAUCAAGCUCUCCGAGACCAAAGCCCUGAAGCGCUACGGAGUGAAACUCGACAAGACUCCAGUGAAAGGCUGUGAGAAGAUCAAAUUUGGGUGCGACGCGUACUGGGAGUGCGCUGUGCGGAUGCUGACCGCGCCGGAGAACCAUCAGGCCGGCAGCUGCAAGAUGGGGCCGAGGGGAGACCAGACUGCCGUCGUUGAUAACCUUCUGCAGGUGCAAGGCCUGGACAGACUGAGGGUAGCCGACGCCAGCGUCAUGCCCGCGGUCACGUCUGGCAACACCAACGCUCCCACCAUUAUGAUCGGCGAGCGCGCCGCGGACUUCAUCAAGCAGCGCUGGCUGUCCAACACACAAGCCCCGUUCCCGCUGAGCACGCACGGAGGCGUCAGCAACACGCUUCAAGCCAGCGACUCCCAGCUACACCCCGUCUGGCAGAGAUACUAAUCUAACAU